AUGCCUAAAAGCACUGGAAUUGGAGUGGGACUAGCGGGCUACAAAUGCGCUAGUCCCUACCAAAUCGUCUAUAAUAGAGAGCUAGAAGGCAUUGCCCUAGCAUUCGAAGAUGCGACGAGACUAGGCCCAAAUAGGGACAUUCGGCUACGCGCUAUUGCAGCCGCUACUAAAAUAGCCCAAAACGGAUCCACGCUAGCAAUAGAGUGGGUCCCCGGACACCAAGACAUCAAAGGAAAUGAAGAGGCGGAUAGACUGGCCAAAUUAGGGUCCAAAUCACUUCCGACCACCCAGACCGCCCUGACUGCCUAUAUAAGCUAUGCCUAUAUAGGCAUAAAAAUCAACUAA